AUGAACCGCGCAAAGUGUCUGCGCUGCUGUAGCAGCAGCACACGCUUCCAAAUACCCGCCCGAAUCCCUCCUUUUUCACGACUCUUCUCCGACCAAAAGCGCCACGCCCAGGCCCCCAAACCCAUCAUCGACAUCAAACACAUCCGGCAAAACCCCGCGCUCUACGCCCAAAACUGCAUCGACCGCAACUACACCCGCCAAGCAACACAUCCCCAAUCCAUCAUCGACCUCCACACCGAAUGGCAAAACCUCCAAACCAGCGCCAAAGCCCUGCGCACCCGCGCCAACCUCCUCGGCAAGGGCCUCGCCAGCAAAUCCCCCUCUGACAUCCCCGAACUCGCCGGCCUCUCCCGCGACGCUCUCCAGGACGAAGCCAAGGCCAUCAAGGCCCAAUUAGCCACCAUCUCGCCUUCCGAGACCGCAGCGCUCGCUGAAAUCGAAGCCCUCGCUCUCGAACUCCCCAACAUCACUUCCCCAGACACACCCCUCGGCAAGGACCACGAAGUCCUCAGCUACAUCAAUGAGGCACCCGCCGCCUCCGCCUCCACCAAAUCCCACGUCGACAUCGGCACACAACUCGGCAUUCUCGACUUUGCUGCCGCCGCACACACGUCCGGCUGGGGCUGGUACUACCUCGUCGGCGCAGCCGCACAGCUCGAGCAAGCGCUCGUCCAGUACGCCCUCACCUCUGCCAAACGGCACGGCUGGACACAAGUCUCCCCGCCCAGCAUGGUCUAUAGCCACAUUGGCUCUGCGUGCGGGUUCCAGCCGCGCGACCAGCACGGCGAGCAGCAGGUCUAUGCUGUUGCGCAGGCCGCGGAGGACGUUGCGCGCGGUGUGCCGGCGCAUGUCCUCGCAGGGACCUCGGAGAUCCCGCUGGCAGGCAUGAAGGCUAACACGGAGCUGCAGAUGGGCGAGAUGCCGCUGAAGCGAGUCGCUGUGUCGCGGUGUUACCGCGCCGAGGCGGGCGCGCGCGGCGCAAGUACAAAGGGCCUGUACCGCGUGCACGAGUUCACCAAGGUGGAGAUGUUUGCGUGGACGGAGCCGCAUGACGAGGAUGUGUUUGAGGAGAUGCUGGAUAUUCAGACGGAGAUUAUUGAGUCGCUGGGUCUGCAUGCGCGUAUCUUGGCUAUGCCGGCUUCGGACCUGGGCGCUUCGGCAGCUCGUAAAGUUGACAUGGAGGCGUGGUUCCCGAGCCGUGCGGCUUCUAUGGGCGAUGGAUGGGGCGAGGUUAGCUCGGCAAGCAUGUGUACGGAUUACCAGGCGCGCAGACUGGCUACGAGAUUGCGGUAUAAGGGUGACUUGGGCUUCCCGUGGACAGUCAAUGGCACGGCGUUGGCUGUGCCGCGAGUGCUGGCAGCGCUGCUUGAGGCUGGAUGGGAUGAAAAUUCUGGCACCGUGGCUAUCCCAGAGUGUUUGAGGCCGUGGAUGGAUGGCAUGGAUAAGAUUGGGCCAAACUUGAACUAA